AUGAAAUAUUUGACCAAGCGACAGCGUAAAAGAAAGAAGGUGCAAUUAUUCAAUCGUAUUGGACAAAUCUAUUAUCAAACCGACACGGAUAGCGAAACUGGCGUCGACGCAGACGUUGACAGUGAAGCUGAAGAAGUUGACGAACUGCAGCUAAUAUCAACAAAUAAAAAGAUACCGAUAGCGGCCAAGAAGUCCAUGUCAACACAGCUGCCAAUCAAGGCCAUUGCAAAGGGUGGCUGCAAGUCCAAGCCGCAGGAGCAACAGUCCCAACAGCAACAGCAGCAGCAGCAGCAGCAGCAAGAAGGGACGGCAACAGCAUGUGAUAAUCGACGCAUGAAUUUUGGCUCCUGCUCUGUGCCGCCCAUUGAUCGUGAUCUAGAGUGCUAUUAUCAUCGCAAUGUGCCACUGACUCUGGGCAACUUCAUGGAUCUGGAGCGUCUCAACGAGCGUCAGGGACAGCGUCUGAAAUCGACGAGCACGCCACAAAUCUCACCAACCGUUUCGUAUGCCAGCGCCUGUAGCCUUGAGCCAGCAGUUGAUAUGGAGACGCCGCCACCACCACCUCCACCACCUCCGCCGCCGCCGCCUCCGCCACCUCCACCACCAUCGCCGCCGGAGGCACCGCCGGAGUCAGCUAGCAGUUGCAGCAGCAGCAGCAGCAGCGUAGAGGAGCACGCAUCCCCCGAGCCCAUGCCAGAUGAUAAGCCCUUGGAGGCUAGCGGCGAAGCAGAGCAGAUGGAUCUAUCGGUUAACGAGCUGCUGACACGUUUUGCCAUCAAUACACCUUACCAGGAGCUGGCCAGCCUCACGCUGACCAUGCUCCAGAACACCGCGUUCGGGCCCUUGAUAACGGGCAGCCCCAGCACCGGUGGCAAUAUACCAUCCUAUGAAUUCUGGCCGAAUCCCUAUCAGAUAAGCUAUCUCAAUAAUGACGAGCCCGUUGGCGCUGUUGGCAAUCUACCCAAUCUCGCUGUUGCCCUGCCGGACAGCUGCCUAAAGCCCAUCGGCUAUGAGGCCAAGUCCAAGAAUGAUCGCGAGCAGCUGCAGCCGCACUCGGAGCAGCAGCUCGAGAAUGGCCAUUGCCUGCGGCCAUCGUCUGUCGACAUGUGGCUGCCCUGGCAGCAUCAGCGCCAGCAAUGCGAAGCAUACGAGCCCAGCAGCGGAGGCGGAGGGGCUGGUGUUGGCGUCGCGUCUGCAGCCCACAUCGAUCCGAAUCCGAACAGCAUUGUGGAGAGCAUCAAAUGCAUUUGGAAGCGCAACAACCAUUGGGAGAACAUCAACAGCAAUGACCACUGGGCCAACUGGGGCAACAAUCAAAGCGGCAGCAUCUGGAGCGUUAUGGAGCCGCAGCUCCAAUCGCCGCAGCAGCAGCAGCAGCUCCACCAACAGCAGCAACACCAGCAGCAGCAGCAGCAGCAAUUGCCUGAAAGUAGCUGGGAUCAGCGCAGUCGGGCUGUGAUGGCCGCGUCGCGUCUGUGCGGCUUCUAUGUGCCCGUAUCGGUGCCGUCCUCAGAGUAUGCUCCGCAAAUGGCAGCAGCAGCAGCGGCGGCGGCGGCGGCGGCAGCAGCAGCAGCAACUGCAACAACAGCCGCCAACAGCAAUGGCAAUAUUUACAUGCGCAACAGCAAUAAUCCACGCUACAUCAACAGAAGCUAUGUUAAUUAUAAUGCACGGGGCAAUACGCGCACUGUGCAGUAUCAGCUGGUGCAGCAGCAACAUGCACAGCAGCAACAGUUGCCGCCGCAGCAGGCGCACCUGCGCUACAGCUAUAUAAAUCAAAGCCAAACACAGCAGCAGCAGCAGCAGCAGCCGUGGCACUGGCAGCAGUACAGGCCGCCCAAGCCACGCCCACAUUUCUAUCCUGGUCGCUUCUACAAGGGCAACAGCUACACCAACAACAACAACAACAGCAACAACAACAACAACAACAAUAACAACAAUGCAGCGCGCAAAUAUUGCAAGCAUUGCUGCUGCAACGGGCGCUAUCACAGCGGCAACAUACACCUGCACGCCAGCAACAGCCCCACCGCCAGCAUCUGCAACAGCAGCAGCAACAGCAACAGCAACAUGGGCAACCUGGAGCUGGUCACGGUGAACAUGUCGCAGGAGGAUCUGGACGCAGCCCAAAUGUAUGCCAUACACGGCGAGCGUUUCUUUGAGAUGCCCAUGGGCAGACGCUAUAGGCGCAGUCUUUAUCCGCCGGCGGGUCUUACGGCGGCACCGCUGCCAAUGCCGGCGCCACCGCCGCCGCCGCCGCCACCGUCGCCCUCGGACAUGUUUCAGGCCAAUGGACACAUUGACAACUGGCAGACAGUCGCCAUGCCGCAGUAUCAAGAGCCGGAACUAGCUGCAGCUGUGGUACAAUCAACGCCGCCGCCGCCACCACCGCCGCCUCCGCCGCCACCGCCACCACCGCCGCCGCCGGCGCUGCCGUUGUCAUCGGCGUCAUCAUCUUCGUCACAGUCGGGUCAGAUGACGGCGCCAGUGUGUGACGAUUCCAAGCUAUAUACGGCAAAUUUUCCGCCGCUGCCGGCGCCGAAUCAGAAACGCGUCGGUCAAAACCAGAGGGAUUAGAUUGCCGCAUGAGUUGAUCGAGUCUCUAUGCGAGCCCCAGCGGCUCUUAAGUGAAGUGUCUGCUUUCAACAUUUUAUCGCCCGAUUGUACAUCAAAUGACAGUCAGCUUAAGUUAUACAUUGAAAAAGCUUUCUAGGAUAAUUGUUAAUUGUUACUCAUUUAGUGAUAGAAACGUAUAUAUUUAGUUUCCAUAUUUUUUUUUGUUUGCACGUUUUCGCCAAUUGUAUGCUGCAUUUAUUGUUCAAGCCAUUCAAAUCUUAAUAAUUAAUUUUAAGCCCUAAACAAAUAAUCUUGGACAGUUUCGUGUUGCGACGUCAAAAU